AUGACAGGGGAGAUCGUAAUAAAGCUAACGUCGCCAGACUUCCCUGAAAUCGAAGCGGAAGCGAUCGAAGUUCCGCUCACUACGGGACCAGAAGAGCUCAAGACACUGGUGAAAGGGCUCAAUGCAGAACUCGAAGAAGGAGUUCAACUCGACUUUCUCCUGCGCGACCAGUUGAUUCGACAAUCGUUGGCGAAGCACUUGGACGAAAACGCCAUCGAGACAGAUGUCAAGUUGGAAAUUCUAGUUCUGAAAAAGCAAGAUGCGCCUGUGCCAGAGAACUCUUACUCAGCUGAAGAUUGGAUAUCAGACAUUUCCUGUAGAGGGGAUCAAGUAUUACUUGCAUCGUACGAUGGAACGGUAGCACUGUGGGAUGCUGAAGAAGACGAAGUACUCUUUAGUGUCAAUUGCUCGAGAAACGUUGACCAGAGCGAGCCGAUCAAAUGUGUCGCCUGGGUGCACUCAGAGAAAGAAGACAGUUUUUGCAGCGGGAAAUGGGAGAAUGAUCGCUCGAAAAAGGCUGUUCCCAUGUACUCCCUCAGAGGACAUCAUGGAUCAGUAGACACUGUGGCCUGCCCGAGUGAGGGUGUGAUUGUGAGCGGCGGGCAAGACAAAAAAGUAAGAAUUUGGAAAGACAUCGCGGACCUUCCUCUGGGAUGGGAAGAGCUUUCCGCCAAGAAACGAGCCAAACGAGAAGAAAGAGGAGAGGUUAAAACCUCAGAUACGAUUAUGGAAGGACAUACUGAGUCAGUCUCGUGCUCGACUGUUUUGUCGAAGGAAGAAGUAGCGACGGCCGGAAUGGACAACACUUUGAGAAUCUGGGACUUGAACAAAAUGGCCGAAUCGAACACGCUCUCGGGAGUCAAGGCUUUCUUCGACAUUGACUACUCCAAGCACUCGAAUCUCAUUGCCUCGGGAAGUAGCGACAGACAUGUGCGGCUUUGGGACCCUAGAACGACCACUGGAAAGGUUUCUGCGCAAUCACUUACCUCUCAUUCUCUUUGGGUCUCAACAGUGCGGUGGAAUCCAAACGACAAGAAUCAGCUGUUGAGUGGAAGCUACGAUAAUGUUGUAAAAAUGUGGGACGUGCGCAGUACCAAGACGCCACUGUAUGACAUGCAAAAGCAUGAAGAUAAGGUCCUUUGUUCGGAUUGGUCCAGGUCGAAGUUGGUUGUUUCCGGUGGCUCUGAUAAACAGAUUCAUAGCUACCGUGUCAAGUAG